AUGAGCUCCAGAGGUAUACAACAAGAUGAGAGUGAAAGUAGUGAUUUCCAAGACAUGAUGUACAAGCAAACAUCACCGACUGUCCGCCAUCGAAAAUUACAUCAGCCUAACCAACGAAUAAGCACCAACCAUGAUGCCACUAGUGCAAAUAACUUUUUAUUUCCAACCAUGGUGACAAUGAAACGUCCCUCCUUUCCUGCGACUGAACCACUUCCUCGGAAAUGGUGGUCUUUUAAUCCCCAAGAAACGACAAUCAUUGUAUUACUUGUGAUCAUCAUUAUGCUUCUAAUCCGCCAACCUUUGGAAGAAUUCGGCUACUAUACUCCUGGUGGUGGCAUUAUUCAAAGUAGCGCUAUUACUGAAAAGGAUCGAUUCCAAGGCUCCAACUUUUGGAAUCCCGGCAAGACAUUGGAGGUCAAGACUUUGUAUGAAACACCCUUUGCCCGCUUUCAAAUCCACAAGGUCCAAGCUGGAACGACUGUCAUUCAUGAUUGGCUUUGGUGCGACGAAAUGGAUCACAUUAAUGUAUUAGUCCAAGAAGCCGGUACUGGAAAAUUUGUCAUUUUUCGUCAAACCAAGUAUGGGAUUCCCGGUCCGCCCACGUUGGCAGUCGUUGGGGGCAUGGUGGAACCAGGGGAAACCCCCUUGGCAGCGGCGCGCCGCGAAUUGAUGGAAGAAUUGAAAAUGGCAGCAAACGAUUGGAUCUCGCUAGGACAUUACCGGGCGGCAGUCAACCGAGGAGGAGGAUACACGCACACCUUCCUGGCGAAAAAUGCAGUGGCUGCUGACAACAAGAACAACCUUCAAGUCAAGGGCCAAGCCGAUUUGGAACGGCAAGAUAUUGUGAAAUGUACCCAAGAAGAGUUGCUCCAGUAUGCGUUGGAUGGGAAAUUUGGAGAAAUCAAAUGGGUAGCCACGGUGGCAUUGUCACUACUGAGGCUCCAAUCGUAG